CGCCGCCGGAGAGGCCACCCCCGCCGCCAACACCAACGACGAGGCCCGCGCCCUCCUCCCUCGCGCCCGGAGACGCCUCUAGCCGGCUUGCCCAGUUGCCCAAAGAAGAUAUAAGAGAAGAGUGAGAGAGAGAGAGAGAGGAGAAAGGGAGAGGAGGGGAGAGGAGGCUGACGUGGCCAGCUGAUAUGUGGGUCUCAAGCUGACUCAGACGCCACGUAGGACAAAACCAGGGGUAAAAACUAUCAAAGGAUCUCGGGUGACCGGUUUUAUGUAGUUAAGGGACCCCGCAUAUCUGGUUUUGCGGUUCGAGGAUGUUUUUGUAUCCGAUGACAAGUCAAGGGACCUUCGGUGUACUUUUUCCAUGUACCAAAUCUAUCUCGACUUGAGUUGGAAUCAGGCCCUUAUAUCUCAGCCUGUCCAAUUCAUACAAAGCCUACGCAGUAAGAAUAAGUUGGGCUGGUUUUCUGAUUGAGGGAUGUGAUUCGACAGGACAAGAGCUGAGGGGAACAAAAUAGACUUACUACCUACGCAGAACUCACAAGAUUAGGCCCAUUUUCUAUUUUAGUUUGCGCGGCCCAGCUACUACUCUGGGCCAUUAUAACCGCGGCACGCUCCCGCGCGCGGGAAUAGCCGCGGAAAGGCAGCGAAAGAGGGCGCGAAACCGUAGAGGCGGGCGGCGAGCGGCGGCGGCGGCGGCGCGGAGAUGAGCUCGUCGACGUCCGCCCGCGACGACGAGGCGCCGGACCUCGUCUGCCAGAUCGACUGCGUCCACGGCAUGGUCGACGCGCUCUCCUGCGUCCGCUGGAAGCGCCACCAGGACGCGGUGCUGGAGCUGUCGGAGCACGGCAUCGUGCUCAUCGUCGAGGAGAGUGGCUGCCUCCAGGCCAAGGUCUACCUCAAGCGUGAGCUGUUCAUGGAAUAUGAGUACGCGGCAGAGGGGCGGCCGCGGUUUGGCCUCAGCCUGGGGCUCCUCGUCGAUUGCCUCAACACGUUCUCGGCCCCGGGGCACUCCUCUCCUGUCGAGAUCCGCUACCCUGGGCCUGAUAUGCAGCUUCUUCUCAAGUCAGUGGGCUCCCCAGAUUCAUGUAUGUAUGCAGAAAUUAGAACCAGGAUUCCAGAUACAAUCUCCUGGGAUUACCAUUUUGAGCAUGCUGGGAAUACACCAGUCACUUUUACUGUCAAGUCUGCUGUCCUGAAAGAAUCGAUCGAGGACCUUGAGUGGCCAGGUUCCAGCAUUCAGAUUCAAAUGCAACCAGACCCCCCUUCGGUACUAUUCAAAGGUGAAGGUCAUGGUGACUUGCAGAUUGAGUUCCCCUACUAUGCAAAUACAGAUCUUCUCAUUGCAUUCCAAUGUGACCAUGAAACAUCAUACAGGUAUAAGUACAAAUUUCUUCGUGCAACAACUUCGAAUUUCCCAAACAGUAUUGUGAAGGAGAAUCGUGGGAGCAAGGUGACAAUUGGUAGGGGUGGGAUGCUUAAAAUCCAGCACCUGGUUUCAGUUGCAAGGCCAGGUGUUCAAACGUUUGAUGUGACAGGGUGUAAAGUUUUGGGAUGGGAUCUAAAGAGGGCCCAAAGCAUUUUCCUUUUGCUGCUCAAGCAACAGUCUACAGCGUGGUGAACCUGAGUCAAAAUAGCCUAUUCAUAUUACUUGGGCAACCAAAAACAUGGCCAAAUUCAAUAUCAUCUUUAAGACGAAAUGGAUUUUAAUUUUUGGAGGAAGUUUGGUGUUGAAUUUACGUUGCUUGCUACUAAUUGUAUGAUGAUUGCUUGACUCCGUUUUUGGAAGUUCAUUAUUGCUUGAUUGCUUACUUGACGUGUUCUGCAUAUAAUGCAAUUUGAAGUGCAUUGGGAUGGGAUAUAUAAUCGGUGUCGGACACUGUAAGUUUAGUACUAUAAUUGUGACUGAACAGUUUGUACUUUGGUCAUUUCUUCUGGAAAAAUACUGAACUAGAUUCAUGCUAUUAUAAAGGAAUUUGUUGGCCAAUUGACAA